CUCGGGAUGGGACAUUGAUGGAAUCAGUGGCUUCCUUGUUAUCCAAAUGUGUGGCAGAGCUGCGCGUAGCCGUGCCACUCGCUAGUCCUGGCAUGCCAUUUACGAAGCGAUGAAUCGCCCCUGUCUUUCACGCUGACCACCACCAACUCACAGCCGAAGAUGUCGUCCGAGGCCCCUGCGCCCCCUACACCCCCUACGCACCCCGAAGGCCGCACUCGUUUCGUCUACCAACAAUGGGUGAGAGACCCAAAAGGAUCCCUUCUUACUAAACCCCCUCCGUCAGGCGUACGCCCGCCGAACGACCUCAUCUGGGGCCACACCCUCGACGACUUCUUUUGGAUCCAGCGCAUCCCUAACAUCGAUGUGCUCACGAUCUGGUCGCGGAGCAUGAUCAAAGAGCAUGGCGAGAACUACGACGAGAGCGAGUUCCUCGAGCCAGAUGCUUUGCAGGUGCCGCGCCUGCGCCACCCUUGGCCCGUCCUCAAGGUCCCGAACGACGGCAUCCGCGUUCCGAAGAACUCGUACGGCGUCAUCGACCAGGGAUGCGAGAAGCACUCCAAGCCCGACUUUGUCGCCAAACGGCGCGAUGACUCUGAGCCGUGCCUCGAGCGAGGGGCCUUAAACAAGGCUGGCAGGAUUCUCAAGGAGCUCUUUGGUUUCGACGACAACAGUGGUAGCGAGUACUUCGUGCCCAAUGAUCCUCACUAUCCUUUGAGGAGCCCAGAUGGAGCUCUCUAUGCGGUGCUCUUUGCAUCCCGCUUCAGAGAAGAAGCUUUCGGUAGCGGACGCGGGGCUCUUCCCCCACAAACAAUCAGCCUUCCUCAGCUUACCGGCGUGAGGUCCGUGCGCGGCAAUCCCGUGAUGCUUGAGUUCGAUGAAUACGGUAUCUACGUUACUGGCGAUGACACAGGCGAAUAUGCCGAUUUAUUUGAUAGCACAGAGGAAGGCAGGAGUAGAGACGCCUCGCCGGAGGGGAUGCAAUUGGACGAUCCGAAGGUCGAGGCCCCCAGUGUAGACAACAGCUCAAGGGAAACGAGCGACACGGAGUCGAAAGAUGAAGUAGAAGGAAAAGCAGACGAUGGAGAUCUGGCUACGUCCGCCGCGGGUAGCGAGCUUGACGAUCUAUCGCCUUCUGAGCCUAUUCCGCGGGACUCGCCGUUCUCGAUACAGGAUAUACCGAAGCUGGAAGAGUCUAUCCCCCACUAUUAUUUCCCCGACAUCCUUUUCGUUCACGACCCGCAUGAGCUCACAGCCACGAGUCUCGACUCCUACGAGGAUGUUGGCGAGGAGUCUUUUGAGCCGCGCGCACCCUUGGUAUACAAACGUGUCUUCCCUGAGCUUCACCGCGACAAAGCUCGCGACCUCGAACAGCCCACGUCUCCCAAACGCGAGGCGCACUUGCACCUCGCGCAUCAGAACCGCAUGGGCGUCGGCAACCACUCCCUGGUGUAUCGCGCGCCUCUGACGUUGCCUGUGCCCUUGUCUGCGCAUUCGCGGAACGGCAAGGUCACUGUGGCCGCCAAGAGCGCAUUCCCGAAAUUUCGUGCGCGCGAGCUGCUCGCGAACGAGGCGAAGAUGUACAGCCGCUUCCCCGAACACCUCAGUCAAGACUGGUGCGGCUACAACCUCGUCACGCCCAUCAAACAUCCCGUCCCUGUUGGGCCUGUCGUCCCAAAGUUCUUCGGUUACUACGUUCCCACGCGCGGUGAUGGCAGCCUGGUCGACGUCUUCGAUGCCGGCGUUCCAAGCCCCGUUCUCCUGCUUGAGGAAUGCGGGAAACCUGUGACGCCCGGGAAGUUCUCCGCAGACGAAAGGCAAGUAGCGUCUUGAGCAAA